CCCGACCCUUUGUUUUAAAAAAAUAACGAAUAUUGUUAGGAGUAAACUGAAUUUUCUAUUGAUACAACCUACUGAAAAAAUGGUUUCAUUCGGGUUCCUCUCUACAUCCACAUUGUGCCUCGUCCAAACCGUACGAUCCUAAUUCCAAACUAUGGAUCGGGCCAAAAUAGAGCCUUGCAAAGAUUCGCAAUCUAGCCGUUAUAUAUGGUAACGUCUCUUUUAAUUUGAAUUUUGAUAUUUAAAAAAAUCUCUAAAACGUCUUACUCCUGCAUCAACCUCUGGGCGGCCUCCCUUUAGUCAAUCAAUCAAGAAAGAUCCGAAUUUUAGCCAAAUCUCUUCAUUUCUUCUCCUCCAUUUCCAUUGUUUCGCAUAGCUAAAAUCUUGAAUUCUACCGUAGCAUUUCAGAUUCAGAUAUCCUACAUUUCAAAAUUUCGUCGAGAUAACAUACAGAGCUCAAGAUCCCUCGGUUUUGUUCGAGUCCCAAGAAGAAUUUACCAAAAAGUAGCGAUCUUACGAGCUAAUGGCACCCACUCCUGCAAAAUCGAAUCAGACCCAUAUAGGACAUAUGAAAACGCCUCAAUCCAAACAUCGCCUAAACUUCAACGCUGCCAAGCCAUCUCCUAACCCUAAUUCAGCGGCCGUCAAAGAAGCUCUGCCAGCGGAGCACCCAGUGGAAGUCAUUGGACGGAUUCGAGAUUACCCGGAUCGGAAAGAGAAGCCUAAACCGGCCUUAAAGUUGAAUGCUGACAACCAAUCUUUGAGGGUCAAGACUGAGACAGGGUACAGAGACUUUCGCCUCGAUGGAGUUUCAUUGUCUGAAGAAGAAGAUCUCAAUACAUUUUACAAGAAAUUCGUUCAGGAAAGGAUAAAUGGAGUCAAAUUGGGUGCGAAUUGCACGGUAAUGAUGUAUGGCCCUACUGGUUCCGGUAAGAGUCACACCAUGUUUGGUAGCUCCAAGCAGCCCGGAAUUGUGUACCUGUCAUUGAAGGAUAUAUUGGGAGGAGAAGGGGACGAAGAGAGUGAGGAGAACAGUGUGGCCGAGGGAGUGGGGGCUUUUGUUCAGGUCACUGUCUUGGAGAUAUAUAAUGAGGAGAUUUAUGAUCUCUUGUCAACUAACAACGUUGGCGGUUUUGGUUUUGGAUGGCCUAAGGGAAAUGCUUCUAAGGUAAGGUUGGAAGUCCUGGGAAAGAAGGCUAAAAAUGCAACCUUUAUUUCUGGGAACCAAGCAGGCAAGAUAUCAAAGGAAAUCCAGAAAGUGGAAAAGAGAAGGAUAGUUAAGAGCACUCUCAGUAAUGAGAGAAGUUCGCGAAGCCAUUGCAUGAUAAUUCUCGACGUACCAACAGUUGGAGGCCGGCUCAUGCUAGUUGACAUGGCAGGUUCUGAAAACAUAGAACAAGCUGGUCAAACUGGUUUUGAAGCAAAAAUGCAGACCGGUAAGAUAAAUCAGGGGAAUAUUGCACUGAAGAGGGUUGUUGAAUCCAUUGCAAAUGGAGAUUCUCAUGUGCCAUUUAGAGACAGCAAGUUGACCAUGCUUUUACAGGAUUCUUUUGAAGAUGACAAGUCAAAAAUUCUAAUGAUUUUGUGUGCCAGCCCGGAUCCAAAGGAGCUGCACAAGACCAUCUCCACCCUUGAAUAUGGUGCGAAAGCGAAAUGCAUCGUUCGUGGUCCUUCCACACCAAUCAAAGAUAAGGGUGGUGCUGAUAACUCCACAUCAACGGCUGUUCUGGUGUCAAGAAUUGCAUCAAUGGAUCAGUACAUUUGCAAGCUACAGGUUGAAAACAAGCUCAGGGAGAAGGAGAGGAUGGAAGCUCAUAACGAGCUGGGGAAGAAAGAAGAAGAAAUUUCUGCACUGAGGGCUAAACUGGCUGCAGCAGAAGGCCCUGUGGAGGUUGACCUUGUGGUAAACGAGCGAACUAUGAUGCUGAAAAGUGAAUUGGAGAAGAAGAUUGAAGAGUGCCAGCAAAUGGCCAACAAGUUUGUAGAAAUGGAAAGGAAAAAGAUGGAAGAGCGAAUUCUUCAGCAGCAACGCGAGGUUGACUUGCUAAGAAGGCGCCUGGAAGAGAUUGAGUUUGACCUUUGUUGUGCCAAAGGUGGUAAAACUGGAUCAGUAGACCUUGGGGCAAGCAGCUUUGCAGAACGAAUGUUGGACGCCUAUUCUGAUGAUUCAGAUAUGGUGAAGUCUAUGGACUUGUCCAAGUCUUAUGAUCUGGAAGUGACAAAACGUGAACCUGGGGUCUAUAGAACAACAGAGCACAAUAGCCUCAAUGCAGCUUGUAACUACGAAAAUGUUACCAAUGCAAUUGUUGAAGAUGCCAUCACUGAGGUACCUACUUUCACUAACAAAAAAGGUUUAAGUACGGUGUUCGAGGAGGAGGACGAAGAAGAAGAUGGCGACGAUAUGACAACUUCCACCGACGAUGAGGUGCAAAAGGAGGUGGUUGAGGAGGUGAAGGCAAUAUGUCCAGAUUUCUUAUGCCACUUGGGCAAUCAUUUAGAAGAAGAAAACCCUGCAACCGCCUCUAGAUUUCAGGAUGCAGAUGAAAAUGAAAAGGGUUCUGACUGUUAUAGGGAAAGAAGAAUUCAGAACAUAUUCACUCUUUGCGGAAACUACAGGCAUAUGAUGUGUCAAAACAAGGUUGGAGACACCCCUGUACAAGACCAGAAUGAAUUUGAUGUUACCAAUUUGUUGUCAUCAUCAUCCCCUCCAACCAAAACAAUUCAGGAGGAUUCUGCUACAAGAAGUGUCUCAAAGGUUGUUUUAUCGUCCGAUGAUCCAAAACUUCAACUUAAAUCAGCUGAGAAGAAAGGGAAUCCAUUCGAAGCAAAGCAUUCCAAAGAGAACCUCAAACCAUCAGAUGAAACCAGAGGUGGUUUGGCAGCAUGCAUUGAUUGGAAGUCUUCAAAGGAAAACGCCGGGGAUCCAGCAGGUGCUCAAAUGACCAAAGAGCAGGAAGCCAGAACAUCAUUAGCAAGCAAGAUUCCCACUUGCAACAACCAGUUACACCUCCCCUUCAGUCAUGUACAGAAUUUGCUUCCACUUACUCCAAAAUCAAAUAUCAGAAAUCCGGUUGGUAGCUUUUGAGCCAGAAUAGCGCUGCACCCAUCCUCAUUGCUAUGAAUUAAAAGUUGUGAUUGGAGUUUUAAUGCGUGUUGGAGCAAUUUGGCCUGUGUGUUUUCUAUCUUACCAAAACUCUUAUUUCUUGUGUAUUUUGAUUACUACUGCGUAUAUCUCAAAACAGGAUAGGAGUUUUGAUUUAACCGUAUUCUCUUUGUUUCUAAAACGUUUGCCUCUUCAAGACCAUAUUUUGAUAAUCAAUAUCCAUGGUUAAAUAUAAAUCGAUAUCAUAAAUAUUUUUCGACGGCUAGAUAUCAUAAAUAUGAUACAUACUA